AUGUCCACAAUUCCAACGCCCCCGUCAACAACACUCUCAACACCUCCAUCUUCCACGGAUCUACCAAUCAACACUUCUCAGUUCGACGUAGACUCGGACGACGACACUGAAACCAAAAUGUCCCCGUCAAAGCGUAUCACCAAAACGACAAUAACAACCAUAAAGUCCAUCACCGUCAAGCCGAAACCAAUCUACGUCAUCGUCGCUACCAGCUUGAACCCACCCAUGGGCAUUGGCUAUAGAGGCAAUCUGCCCUGGUCGCCAAUCAAGACCGACAUGGCUUUUUUCAAGGCCGUCACUUCUCAUGUGCCGGCGACACUGGCAUCAUCUACGAGUAAGUCGACAACGCAAACUUUGAACGCGGUAGUAAUGGGCCGGAAAACGUGGGAAAGCAUCCCGACCAGAUUUCGCCCGCUGGUGGGACGGUUGAACGUGGUUAUCACGCGAAGCAAAUCUGUGGAAUUGGGGCAGCGAAUUCAGGCAGAUUUGAGUGCCGUCAGCCCCAUGGCAGCAGAGUGGGCAGUACACGAGUUCGAAUUCCCGCCCGGAAUGUCGACGAAACCCACGAAAGCGGUUGAGACGAGCGCGAUACUCAUUCCACCACCACCAUCUCCUGCUUCGUCCCCGGCACAAGCACCGAUCCUAAUAUCGCCAUCCUUAACUUCAACUCUCGCGCUGCUAUCCACGCCAUCCGCCAUCUCCAUCCCAGCACAUGGCGAAAUCUCCAUCUCCAAAAUCUUCUGCAUUGGCGGUGCCGAGAUCUACCGACAAAUUCUAUCCCACUCUUCCACGGGCACGCAUAAUAGCAACCUCCGCUCUAAUAACCACGAAACCGACACGGACGGCGAAGACGAAUUCGACGUUCGCAUCCUGCAGACGCAAGUUCGCCCUAUGAAGUCGAAAGGGCCCGAGGAUAGCGACGUCGACCUCGAAUGCGACACGUUCUUCCCGGACGCAUUGCCCGCGGACCCGGGCAUUAAGUCUGCCAAGUGGAAGCCCGUGUCUGAGACACGGUUGAUGGAAUGGGUGGACGGCAUCGCCGUGCCACAGGCACAGGGCAAACAGCCCACUGCAGACGGUGAGGAGGGCGAAUGGUUCAAAGACGAGAAAGUUGGCAUGAAGAUUCGGGUUGUCGGGUGGGAGAGACGGUGA